AUGGGCCUGGAAGUGACCACACCGCUCAGGGACCACAGUGACACGAUCUCAGUACAGAAGAAGAGUCGUCUUCUUCUUCUUCUCCUUGUUUGUAGACGUCUCUGUUUCAGUUUUAUUCUUUUUAAAAACCUUGAUAUUCUGAAGAUGUCGGAUUUACGCUCAGAGCUGCAGAAGUUUCUGGAAACUUUAAACAUCCAAACCACGUGUGUGGAGCAUCCUCCGGUUUUCACGGUGGAGGAGAUGAUGCCUCACCUGCAGGACGUGAACGGAGCCGUCACUAAAAACCUCUUCUUGAAGGACAAGAAGAAGAAAGGCCUGUGGCUGGUGUCAGCUCGUCACGACCGUCAGGUGAACCUCAAUGACCUCGCCAAGAAGCUCGGCGUCGGCAGCGGCAACCUGCGCUUCGCGGACGAGGCGGCCAUGUUGGAGAAACUCAAGGUGGGUCAGGGAUGUGCGACGGCUCUCGCUCUGCUCUUCGAUAAAGACCAGAGCGUGAAGUUCGUCCUGGACCGGGACCUGGUGGAGGGCGGCCAUGAGAUGGUCUACUUCCACCCAAUGACCAACGCUGCCACCAUGGGGCUCCGACCGGACGACCUGCUGCGCUUCCUGAAGGAGACGGGACACGAACCCGUCCUGGAGAGCUUCGAGUAGGAGAGAGCCGGACGCUGGACGUCGAGCGGCGUUAAAAACCAGGAUCCGGCUGCAGGAAGAGAGAGUGUCACAGUCGUCACGGACAUGGAGACGACCUGAAGAGACUUGAGCGGAACGUAAUUGUUUCUGCUUCAAAUGUUUCAAAAUGAUUUUUUUUAAAUGUCAAAAUGAAACACUAACAUUUUAAAGUCUUAAUCAAGAAGAGAAGCUUCUACUCUGCGCAGUUCAAAUGAAACGGCUCAGACAGAAUCAUUUCUUUCUAAUGAAGUCGUCUUCAUUAGAAAUCAGCCUCACAGAAUUAUUUAUUUUGAAAAAAAAUAUAUUCUUAAAAAAUCAUUUUCUGAAUCAUCUCUUGUUUUUCAACCGUUUCUCAUUUCUCUGUUACUUUGUAAAAGGUCAAGUCUGUUUAAAAAAACAUUGACGUGUUUAGUAAACACUGAGUUUACUUAUAUCUGUGGAUCUUUUUCUUUUUACUCACAGAAACUAAAGAUCUGCCACAAUAAAAAAUAUUGAAUGAG